AUGGAUUCCGAAGAUGACUUCAUGUCAGACCCCCCCAGUGGAGAUGAGCUGGAUUUUGAUGAAGGAACCCAGGAUAGUGAUGUAGGAAGCCUAGGAGGAGACUUUGACCAAGACCAAGACGGAAGUUUUGGCUACGAGAAGGACAUCCUCACACACCCUCAAAAGCCAUACGAAGUCGAUUACAAAGUCCUAAGUCCCAAAGAUAUACAAAUCCAGCAAACUCGUCAGUUCGAAGAAGUAUCGUCGAUCAUUGAAUUACCGGCCGAACAGGCGGCGAUCCUACUACGAUUCAUGCGUUGGAACAAGGAGAGGCUCAUUGAAUCUUAUAUGGAUAACCAAGAUAAAGUUCUUGAGUCUGCAGGACUAGGGUCGAUCUUUGGUAACACCCCCAAGUUGCAAACUGUGAUGGGCUUCACCUGCGACAUUUGCUAUGAAGAUGAUCCUUCAUUACAAACAUUCGCAAUGAAAUGUGGUCAUCGAUACUGUGUGGACUGCUACACCCAUUACCUCACCCAGAAAGUUAAGGAGGGAGAGGCAGCAAGGAUCGAAUGUGCUUUUGAUGGUUGUCACCGGAUUGUCGACUCCAAGUCACUCAGACUACUGGUAGAGCAAGCCGUCCAAGAUCGAUACGAAGUUCUGCUCAACCGAACAUACGUAGACGAUAAGGACAAUUUGAAGUGGUGCCCGGCACCGGAGUGUGAAUACGCUGUGGAUUGCGCUGUGAAGAAACGAGAUCUCAGUCGCAUUGUGCCCACAGUCCGAUGCUCGAACGACCACAGCUUUUGCUUUGGCUGUACCUUGUCAGACCAUCGACCAGCGCCAUGUGCGCUGGUGAAGAAGUGGAUGAAGAAGUGUGAGGACGACAGUGAGACCUCAAAUUGGAUAUCAGCCAAUACCAAGGAGUGUCCCAAAUGUAAUUCAACGAUUGAGAAGAACGGAGGCUGCAAUCACAUGACUUGUCGAAAGUGCAAACACGAAUUUUGCUGGAUGUGUAUGGGACCAUGGGUCGAACAUGGAACUAGCUGGUACAACUGCAAUCGAUUCGAAGAGAAGUCUGGGAGCGAUGCUCGAGACGCUCAAGCUCGCUCUAGACAUUCAUUGGAGCGCUACCUCCACUACUACAAUCGAUAUGCCAAUCAUGAACAAUCGGCCAAGUUGGAUAAGGACCUUUGGCUGAAGACUGAAAAGAAGAUGACGAGCCUGCAGUCGCAGUCGAAUAUGUCGUGGAUCGAAGUUCAAUUUCUUGACACGGCGUCAAAAGCACUGCAGGCUUGCCGACAAACCCUCAAGUGGACAUAUGCAUUCGCCUUUUAUCUUGCGCGGAACAACAUGACCGAGAUAUUCGAGGACAACCAAAAGGAUCUUGAGAUGGCAGUGGAGAACCUCAGCCAGAUGUUUGAAAAGCCUGUGAACGAGCUGGGAGGCCUCAAAGUGGAGAUUCUUGACAAGACGACCUACUGCAAUCGAAGAAGAGAGAUUCUGCUAAGCGAUACUGCAGAAAACCUCAAGAAGGGUGAGUUUUGA